GCCACGACCAACAAUGAUAUCGAUACGGGGACGCAGCCUAAUUGCCUUCAAAUUCGCCCCCACCACGUCUCCUCGCUCCCACUAAACUAUUCCCUCCACCAGUGUUUGUGGCAGCCACGAACACCGGAGACAUGGCCCUUAACUCCACGCCCAAAACUGCCAUCUCUCCGUGCGAUCAAGUUCGAGUGGCGCUGCAUUUGUCUCUCUUCGAAGCUCCAUUGUAGGCGCGCGGCUAGCUACCUGAGGCAUGGAGCGCCUCAGGUUCAGGAGCCUCGACGGCGCCGGCGCGUACCCGACGACGCUGCCAAGCCCGAGGAUGCUCCUCGGUGCGACGACAGACGUCCAUUCGCCCCACGAACCUCCGGGCUUCAGGAAGAGCAUGAACCCAAUCUACGCGGACUCCGGCGCCAACAACGGUUCUUCCACGGCCGCGAUCUCCCUCGACGUGGCACCACAUCCUGCGCCCACGGGCGCCGAUCUCGACGGCUCCAGAGAAAGCCACGUCGACGUUGGAUCAGCAGCAGCAGAAGCAACCACGCCGGCUGCUGCACGGAGCGCCGACGAAAUUACCGGAAGCGCGGCGUCGGUGCUGGUGAGGCGGCACACGGGCGGGGACGGCCGUUGGGAGGCCAUCAGAGCCGCCGACGCGCGGGAGUCGCCGCUGAGCCUCGGCCACUUCAGGCUCCUGAAGCGGCUGGGCUACGGCGACAUCGGCAGCGUGUACCUGGUGGAGCUCCGAGGCACCACCGGCGGCGCAGGCGCGCUGUUCGCGAUGAAGGUGAUGGACAAGGGGUCCCUGGUGAGCCGGAACAAGCUGUCCCGCGCGCAGACGGAGCGGGAGAUCCUGGGCCUGCUGGACCACCCGUUCCUCCCCACACUCUACUCCCACUUCGAGACGGACAAGUUCUUGUGCCUCCUCAUGGAGUUCUGCAGCGGCGGCAACCUGCACUCCCUCCGGCAGAAGCAGCCCGGCAAGCGCUUCACGGAGCACGCCGCCAGGUUCUACGCGUCCGAGGUGCUGCUGGCGCUGGAGUACCUGCACAUGCUCGGGGUCGUGUACCGGGACCUCAAGCCGGAGAACGUGCUGGUCAGGGAGGAAGGCCACAUCAUGCUCUCGGAUUUCGACCUCUCGCUCCGCUGCUCCGUCAGCCCGGCGCUCGUCCGCUCCCCGUCCGGCCGUGUCGGCACAGGAGGCCUAGUGCACGGCUGCAAGCUCCCGCGGAUCCUCCUCUCGUCGGCCAAGAAGAAGAAGAAGCCGACGACGGGCAAUGACGUUCUUCCGAGGCAGCAGGAGCUGGUGCCCGGCGGCGCAGACGGCAGGAAGAAGCAGCCGUGCGCGUCGCUGGAGUUCAUGGCGGAGCCGACGGGCGCGCGGUCCAUGUCGUUCGUGGGCACGCACGAGUACCUGGCGCCGGAGAUCAUCCGCGGGGAAGGCCACGGCAGCGCCGUCGACUGGUGGACCUUCGGCGUCUUCCUCUACGAGCUGCUGCACGGCGCCACGCCCUUCAAGGGCUCCGGGAACAGGGCAACGCUGUUCAACGUCGUGGGCCAGCCGCUGCGGUUCCCGGACCACGACCACGCGCCGGGCGUCAGCGCCGCAGCCAGGGACCUCAUCCGGGGACUGCUGGCCAAGGAGCCGCAGAACAGGCUCGCGUACAGGCGCGGCGCGGCCGAGGUCAAGCAGCACCCCUUCUUCGACGGCGUCAACUGGGCGCUCGUCAGGAGCGCCGCACCGCCCUACAUCCCCGGCCUCGCCGCGGAGGACUGCUGCGUGCGGCUGCCCGUCCCCGGCGACGCCGCCUCUAAGGACGACGGCGGCACCCCGAGGAGCGCGCCUGGGAACGGGAAGACCAGCUCGCCUCGUGAUGAUCCGUCCUCGUACGUUGACUUCGAGUACUUCUAGCAGGCGAUUCUUAAUUCUUUGCUUAAAUCGCUUCGUCCAGUGUUCGAGUCAUCCUAAGUAAAGCUGAUGCGCCCCGUUGCACUGUAGUGCUGAAAUUGUUGUAAGCGUUGUGUUUAAGUUUGUUUUUUUCUGAUAUUCGUAGUCAGUCGUCUUGAGAUGAUGAUCUUAUUGCUGAACUUCUUGUUGCAAGGCUUGUGGCAAACUGGCCAUAUAUAACUCUGCCUUUGAGGAUUAAUUAAGGGAUGAUUUGUUUUA